CAGGACACAGUUCACCUGAGACACACCAACACUUAGACUCUUCCAUCAGCCUUCCACAGAUUCAGGAAAUCCCCUCCGAUGUCUGACUGGGACAAUCAUGUGAGCUGAAGUCGUCCAGAACAGGAGUGAGUUUCACUGGACCACUGGGGACAUUUCCAUCACAGUGUCAUGAACACAUGUUUGUUGUGUGACUGAUGUGGACUCAGCAGAAUGGAUCAAUGUGAGGACAGAGAGGAGGGAGCCCCUUCCCCAAAGACCACCGACAGGACCCCCUUGGGACCUGGACCCGACAGACCCCUCAAAGCUCAGAGACCUGGACCUGGAUCAGGACCUGGACCUGGACCAGGACCAGGACCUGGACUCAGCUGUGUGUCCAUGAACAGUGAUGACUCCAUGGGUGUUUCAGAGACUCAAGUGGAGCAGCAGAGCUCAGAGGUUCCCAGUGAUCCACAGCAGCCGACUCAGGUGGACUCCACAUUUGAGGUAACACAGAUGGUGGCACUUAAAGAAAGUCUGUUGAAAAUUCUGGUCAAUUUGAUCGACGGUGAUUUUAAAAUGUUCAAGUGGUUUUUGACCAUUGAGGAACUACCCAUCCCAGUGAGUAAACUGGAGAACGCAGACCGGAUGGACACGGUGGAUCUGAUGGUCCAGGUCUACUACACAAAUACUCAGAGUGUCACUGUAAGGGUUCUAGAGAAGAUGGACAGGACUGAUCUGGUGAAGAAACUUUCAAAAGGCCUCCCAGUAUCUAAAGAGAGCAUUGACCAGUGUCGGCGAAAACUGAAGGUUAAGCUGAAACGGAAGUUUCUGCAUGUGUUUGAGGGCAUCGUUAAAGAAGGACUCCCCAAAACCCUCCUGAACCAGAUCUACACAGAGCUCUACAUCACAGAGGGAGGGGCUACAGAGGUCAACCAGGACCUGGAGGACGUGUUGAAGACCACAGACAGAAGACAACUGCCCAAGACCCUGACUGAGAUGUACAUCCACUUCCUGGUGGUUCAGGCCAAACUGAAGAACGUCAAGUACGAUGGAAGAUCUGAGGAAGAUCCCCACUGGAGUCCAGAAACCAGGAAGAUGAUUGAGUCUCUGGGAAAACUGGCCUUUGAGCAGCUGAAGAAAGGAAACCUGAUCUUCUAUGAAUCAGACCUGACAGAGUGUGGCAUCGAUAUCAGCUCAGCCUCAGUGUACUCAGGAGUGUUCACAGCGGUCUUUAGAGAGGAGAGAGGACUGUACCAGGACAAGAGGUUCUGCUUCAUCCAUCUGAGUGUCCAGGAGUUUCUGGCUGCUCUUCAUGUCCAUCAGACCUUCAUCAACAGUGGAGUCAAUCUGCUGUCAGAAGAACAAACCACAUCCUGGUGGUCUGAGUCCAUAUUCAGUAUAUACCAAUAUAUAUGGAAACUCUUGAGACAUCAACAAACUACACCCCAGAGCUCUGGAUCUGCAGAGACUCAGUUCUACCAGACCGCUGUGGACCAGGCCUUACAGAGUCCAAAUGGACACCUGGACCUGUUCCUCCGCUUCCUCCUGGGUCUAUCACUGCAGACCAAUCAGUGUCUCCUACAAAGUCUGAUGAAACCAACAGGAAGUAGCUCAGAGACCAACCAGAAAACUGUUGAGUACAUCAAGAAGAUGAUCAGUGAGAAUGUGUCUGCAGAGAGAAGCAUCAACCUGUUCCACUGUCUGAAUGAACUGGAGGAUGGAUCUCUGGUGGAUCAGAUCCAACAGUACCUGAAAUCAGGACGUCUGUCCACAGAACAACUGUCUCCUGCUCAGUGGUCAGCUCUGGCCUUCAUCUUACUGUCAUCAGAAAAAGACCCGGAUGUGUUUGACCUGAAGGAAUACUCUGGUUCAGAGGAGGUUCUUCUGAGGCUGCUGCCAGUGGUCAAAGCCUCCAACAAAGCUCAACUCAGCGGCUGUAACCUGUCAGAGAGAAGCUGUGAAGCUCUGUCCUCAGUUCUCAGAUCCCAGUACUGUAGUCUGACACUUCUGGAUCUGAGCAACAACGACCUGAAGGAUUCUGGAGUGAAGAUCCUGUCAGAUGGACUGAAGAGUCCAGGAUGCAGACUGGACACUCUGAGAUUGUCAGGAUGUCUGAUCACAGAGGAAGGAUGUUCUUCUCUGGUCUCAGCCCUACAGUCCAAUCCAUCCCAUCUCAGACAGCUAGACCUGAGCUACAACCAUCCAGGAGCCUCAGGACAGGAGCUGUCUGCUCUAGUGGAGGAUCCACACUGGAGACUGGACAUUGUCAGGUUGGAUCCUGCUGGAGUCCGAUGGUUGAAACCAGGUCCAAGGAAGUAUUUCUGUGAACUCAUCCUGGAUCCAAACACAGUGAACGAACACCUCAAACUGUCUGAAAACAACAAGAAGGUGAAACGAGUGGAGGAGGUUCAGUCAUAUCCUGAUCAUCAAGACAGAUUUGACUACUAUCCUCAGCUGAUUAGUUCAACUGGUCUGACUGGUCGCUGUUACUGGGAGGUCCAGUGGAGUGGAUGGGUUGAAAUAUCAGUGACUUACAGAGGAAUCAAAAGGAAAGGACGCAGUGAUGACUGUGUGUUUGGAGGAAAUGAUCAGUCCUGGAGUCUGGAGUGUAAUAAAGGUGAAUACAGGGUCUGGCAUAAAGUGAAAUACACACCACUCCCUAAGGCCUCCUUCUGGGAGUCCUUCUCCUCCUCUGGUACAGUAUCAGUGUAUGUGGACUGUCCUGCUGGAUCUGUGUCCUUCUACAGAGUCUCCUCUGACAAACUGAUCCACCUCCACACCUUCAAAACCACAUUCACUGAACCACUGUUUGGAGGAUUUGGACUGAUGGAAAAAGGAUCCACAGUGUGUGUGAGGCUGACACACAGUCCAGUCUCCGUCCAUUGGCCUGUUUCCACAUCUGUGCUCACCAGGCUGUAUACAGACAGCUUUAAAGAAGCUCAGACUGCAGCUCCAAGUGGCUUUUCUGUCAACAGCCUGCAGCGGUUGGCCUUCACACAGUCCAGCUUGAAAUGGGACUGA